AUGGACUCUGACGAGGAGCGCUCCGUUCAUGAGGAACGUGUCGGUGACCACGAUUCAGAUGCUGCGACCUCGCAUUUCAGGGGAAGUCCUGGCAAUCACUCGGCAGCGGAUCAAAGUGAUGGAGAGAGCUCCUAUGCUCCAAGCGACCAAUCCGUCGACAUCAACGCCAACCAUAGCGCAUCCGGUAUUGACGACUAUCCUGCUAGCAGCUCGCCAUUGAAACGUCCAGCUGAACAAGCCUCCACCGACCUGCCAUUCAAGAGACGAAAAGGUGUCGUGAAUGCCGGGUACCUAGAUCUUCUCAAUCGCGAGAUUGACGACGCCGCACAUCGGGUCUGUUUGGAGGAGAAUGUUGACUUGCCCGGUUCUCAAAUUGGACUCACCUCCUGGUCUACCGUUGAAAAACAGCAGUUUUUCGAGGCCGUAUCACGACUGGGAAAAUACGAUUUGCCUGGAAUCGCAAGUAGAAUAGGGAGCAAAAGUGUAGUAGAGGUCAAGCAGUACGUCGACUUAUUUCAAGCAGCCAAAGAUGGCAGGCAGUGCUGGAACCGUCGAUCCUACCUGGAACCAGCCGAAUAUCCAGCCGCCGUUGAGAUCAGUCAACAGUGCUGCCAUGCUCAAGAAGAGGCAGCCGAUUCAAUUUCAGUCUGCCAAGAGCAGAGAGAGAAACAACGAGAGGCGCUCAAAUGGGGACAGAACUGGCAUGUUACUUCUUCUCUAGCCAGGAGAUUAAAUCACCGCGGCGGGGACGGGGAUCCUACAUCUGAGGCGACGUUGAAAUUCUCCCAGCUGUUUCAUUUAUCUAACUGGUUAAAGUUGUCGGAGCGCUUCUUUAUGAACUCAUCGAUUCCUGGCAACAACUGGAACUACAUCGACGUCAAACGCCCCUCGAUGUGGGCCACGGCAUUCGACGACUUUCAUUCACUUGCUGUUUCUGUCACCAGGCGGCUCGUCCAGACAACUCUGUUCAUUAGCAUGUCGAGAAUCAAGACGAAGAAGGAGCUUAUUCCUACCACUCGGGAUAUUGUCCGGACCAAGGAUGUUGAAGCUGCAAUUGCUUCGCUCGCCAUGCCACAUGACUCAAAAUCGAGGUGGAUUGAAAGCGCGAGAAGAUUACGACUGGACGUAUAUGACGAGCCCCCAGAUAAGGAUGACGACGACCCUCAAGAGGAGCCGAUGACGUAUGAAGAGGUUGAAGCUAUACUCUCCGGGAUUGAUGAUGAUAGCAAUGAAACUCCAGCUCCAAGCAAUGCCAUAUUUGUACAUGGGGCCGGGCUUGAUGAGGGUGUGGAGGAGGACGAUGAAGAUGACGAUUGCGACCCAGUCAUUGAUUCGGAAACAGGUAUCCGACCAGAAGCUGGUAUCGAUGAUGGAAAAUACGAGAUUGCGCAGGAAGCUAAUGAAAUCCUGAUCUACUCGGCCCCAGAGCUCAAAGAUAUCCAAACCGCAAAACAAGCGCUUGUAUUGCGCAUCACAACGGAAAGGCAACAGGAAGCGCAGGCGGACCUUCACGACGAGUAUGCUAGCUAUCAAGCAGAAACUGAGAUGUGGAAUAUCUUGCAGGAGAAGCCGCCCAUGGAGCUGCCUAAAGUGCAGGAUCCCGGUCGUGUACAUAGAUCGAAUCUGGAUGUGGAGAAUGUCUAUCGCCUCGGGGGAGAUUGGGCUUCCAAGCUGGAAUAUUAUGGGGAGUGGGAAACGCUGGAUGGUAGGAGGCAUGAGGAAUAA